UAAUGGUAUUUAUUUGACGAUUAACCAUGAUUUGUUUUGAAUGAAAACAAAAACCCUAGCUUUCUACCUCGUACGACAACUACCUCAAACGUACGACAAACAAAAACGCACAGGAAUCCGCCGUCAGAUAACAAACAUGAACACCGGCGGCGAGUCUGAACAAAUCCACCACCUUCUUGUUCCCCAAGAAAUCAUUACAGAAAUCUUGUCAAAACUGCCGGUAAAUUCCCUCUUGAGAUUCAAAUCGGUUUCGAAAUCAUGGCGUUUUUUGAUCUCGAGCAAACACUUGAUCAAAACCCACCUCGAAUAUUCCAAAAAGAACGAAUAUUCCGCCCGAACCCGGAUCAUCUCAACCACUUCGAAAUUCGGAAGGUCUCUAUGUACCUUUUCGUUGCGCUUGUUGCUAACCAAACCGGUUUUUCGCGGGUGCCCUCUCGAUUUUCCGAUUAAUAAUUAUGCUGGAGACUUAUGUGUUGUGGGUUCUUGUAACGGGUUGAUAUGCAUUGUCGUGGACGAAUAUAAGUUUUGGUUGUGUAAUCCCUCGACGAGGGAGUUCAAACAAUUGCCUCCCGUAUUCACCGGACUCGGUUCUAUUACUCGAUACGGGUUCGGGUUCGACGAGAGCAAUAAUGAUUACAAGGUUUACGCCUUUCUAACUAGGGUUUUCGGUAAUCGUGAAAGACGUGCUAUGGGGAGAAUGUAUAGUUUAAAGGCCGAUUCGUGGGGUAGGGAACAAGAGUUAUUUGUCGAUGGAUCGCCGUUUUACGCAAAAGAUUGUCAACUGGGGAAGUUUGUGAGUGGGAAGCUUCAUUGGAUAAGUUUGAAAUUUGAAAUUGUUCGUCUCGAUUUGAAGAGCGAGACAUUUGGUCUUGUGGAGGGAUUACCUAGUUGUUUCGAGGGCGGUUCGUGCCCGAGAUUGGGAGUUCUCGAUGGACGUCUUUGUGUGUCUUGUAGCUAUUUAAACGAGUCCCGAUUCGAUAUUUGGAUUUGGAACGAGUAUGGGGUGGAAGAUUCUUGGACUAAAUUUGCGAGUAUUUCUUAUCCGUUGGGUCCAUUGUCCCCUCGAUCGUCCCCGUUGUGUAUGUUGCCGGAUGGGGAUGUUUUGUUCAACCGCGGGUUGAAUUUCGUGAUUUACAAUCCGAAAGACAAACGGUUCAGGGAAAGCUACGUAUAUAACUUUGAUGGCGAUCGGCGAGUUGAUCUUUACACUGAAAGUUUAGUCUCGCUUGCAUCUGACGAUGAUGGUGAAUACAAGUAAAAGAAAAACGAAGUUUAUUAUCGAAUGAGGUUGUGCACUCACUUUGCAACCUCGAUAGAGUUUUCAUCGAGUA